GACGCUUUCAUCAUGCCACGCUCAGCGGACAUUGCUGAGAUCCCUGCCAGUCCCGAGCUGCUUGGCCACCUAAAGACGCUUCUCCUCGACCUCUCCAACAAUCCCUAUCCCCAUGUGCCCAACCCGCCGAACCUGAAGAAGCGAGCCUCCGUAGCUCUCAUCAUCCGCGUUCAGCCGCGCUUCUCGCACCCGCCAUCAAAAGGCGCCGAGUCGAUUGUGCAAAUCGACAAUGCCGACGCCGAAGCCUCUGUAGAGCGCCGCCUCGAUGCCUUUUUCGAGCAGGACUGGGUGCAGAAUGGAGAUCCCGAGGUGCUGUUCAUCAAGCGGGCCCAUCGCCCCGGCGACAGAUGGACCUCUCACGUCGCCCUUCCCGGCGGCCGCAGAGAUCCCGAGGAUGCCGACGAUCGCGCUGCGGCGGUCAGAGAGACGCUCGAGGAGGUCGGCAUCGAGCUUACCCCAGCAAACUCGAUAUCCGUAGGCAAUCUGCCGGAGCGCGUAGUCACCACUUCCUGGGGUAAAGUACCCUUAAUGGUCCUCUGCCCGUACAUUUACCUGCUCACUGACCCCGAACCGCCUGUCCUGCGGCUGCAGCCCACCGAGGUCGGGUCGACGCACUGGGUCUCUAUACGUGCCCUGCUCUCGCCCUCGCAGCGGACAUAUUGGCAUGAGGAUGUCUCGAACAGGCUUGCCAAGCAGGAGGUCGGCAUCAAGAGGUGGUUCCUGCGGCAGAUGCUUGGCAAGAUGAUCUUUGCGGCAGUCCGCUUGAUUCCGUCCCAAAGCACGUACUGUAGCACCAUUCCGGGCUUCGUUCCUGAAGAGCCAAGCUCUCCGACAUUCGCCGGGAAACUGUCCAAAUGGUGGCACGGUGCAGAGCCAACCAGCAGUACUGACACGCCCUUGUUGCUAUGGGGUCUAACACUGGGUAUCAUGGCGGACUUCCUCGAUCUCCUGCCCCCGUACAACUCGGUCAAGCUAUGGACAUAUCCCACGUUCACGCCGUACGAUGUGCAGUUUAUGCUGUGGGCGAUAUCCUACAGCUUCCGGAAGCGAAAGCAAAAGGAAGUACUGGAGUACCACAACGAAGCGCCAAUCACGGUGGAGGAGGGGUUGGAUGCAAUCGAAGCCGGAGGAAAGGCAAAAGAGCUCGAGGCGCCCGAGUCUGGCAUCAGCGGGCUCGGUGUCGAGCGCUAUUACAGCCGCCUGGGGCAAAAGCAGCGCGCAACCCGCUCCAGUUCUGUGGGCGUCAUGCUGGAAGGCUAUUACGAUAUCAUCCGCAAGACGGUGGCACUGGCGCUGAUUGGAAGAGUUUCUGCAUUUUCGAUUCUCGUUGGAUCUCUCUGGUUGAAGUACAGGCGCCGGCAGUGAAACGUAGAGUUGUAGUGUGGUGGUUGAACUGGUUUACUGUUGAGCAUGCUGGAUUGUUGUUGUCUGUUUUUCUGCUUGGGUUAUCCAUCCUUAUAUAUAUUAUGGCGUCUGCUAGGAACGUACGAUCUAAUAUAGAUGUGUUGAAUACGACAAGUCUGCCUGCUC